GAAUCGUGGUAAUCCGCCUGAUGUCGCUGUGGGGAGGACUACAUUUCCGCAAAUAGCCUGUAAAGCCCUCGCGCGCAUCCGCCGGAAGUAGUCUGCGACACGAGGUGCUGCGAGUGCGAGCCACUUUAGUUAUAGGUUGCCGGUUCGGUGGUCAAGGCAAUGCCCAAGGCCAAGGGGAAGACCAGGAGACAGAAGUUCGGUUACAAUGUUAACCGGAAGCGUCUGAACCGGAAUGCUCGACGGAAAGCAGCGCCACGAAUCGAGUGCUCCCACAUCCGACAUGCCUGGGACCACGCCAAAUCCGUGCGGCAGAACCUGGCCGAGAUGGGGUUGGCUAUGGACCCCAACAAGGCGGUGCCCCUCCGUAAGAGAAAGGUGAAGGCCAUGGAGGUGGACGUAGAGGAGAGGCCUAAGGAGCUUGUGCGGAAGCCCUAUGUGCUAAAUGACCUGGAGGCAGAAGCUAGCCUUCCAGAAAAGAAAGGAAACACACUGUCUCGAGACCUCAUUGACUAUGUGCACUACAUGGUGGAGAAUCAUGGGGAGGACUAUAAGGCUAUGGCCCGGGAUGAGAAGAAUUACUAUCAGGAUACCCCGAAACAGAUUCGGAAUAAGAUCAAUGUCUAUAAGCGUUUUUACCCAGCAGAGUGGCAAACCUUCAUUGAUUCUUUGCAGAAGAUUAAGAUGGAGGUUGAAUGAUUGGCUUAUGCCUGCCUCAGGCCUCAGCCUCCUGGACCAGAGAGGCUCCUUAAGGCAAAGAGGGGCAUGUGGCCAGAUGGGGCUGGCCAAACCCCAUGGAAUCAGAAGGUUGCACACACACACUCACACUCCCCUUUCUGGGGAAGGAACUGUCUCCAAGAGGCUUCUGAGGGCCCUGAGAAAAGCCAGAACCUACUGUUUUCAGAGUGGGUGGUUUGUUUACAUAUAGUCUGUACAUAAUAAAACAAGAUUAUUUUA